AAUGUAUGAUAAUGCAAAUAACAAAGCGUGGCUUUAUCUAAAGCGACAGCACAAGCGUGCCGGCGGCGGCGCGCAACGGACGACAGCAGUGGCGGUUGCUCUCGGAUCGACGACACGGCGUCUGUCACUCGAAACCGUCAACACAACGGGACUCCAAAGUUCAUAAACACAGUCAGCAAAGCAUUCACGAGCCAGACGAAAAGCGUGCACCACGUGCCUGUCUAAUAUUAGACCGAAAGUAAAUACGUUAUUGGAUCGCCGCACGACUACCGCACACCAAGAAAUACGCGCGCCCACAUGGACAAUAUUUCCGUGCUAAAAUCAUAAAUGUUUUUUUCAAUAUAUUCAGUGAACAGAAAUAAUGAGUAUCCAGAGCAAGUGGAGGGAAUAUGUCGCUGCACUCAGUGCGACGCUGAUCACGGCGGCGGCGGGUACUACCGUGGGUUGGACGUCACCGACGCUACCGCUCCUCAUGGACAAAGAUUCGCCCAUACAGACCACAGCUGAUCAGAGCUCAUGGAUCGCCUCACUCAUGAUACUUUGCUCAGCUGUCAGUCCUAUUCCGGCAUCGUACCUCGCAGAUAGGAUAGGUACGAAGAAGACAUUACUUUUGGCGGCAAUACCUUAUAUCGUCGGCUGGAUUCUGGUGAUGUUAGCCAGCAAUGUGCCAACAAUCUACGUGUCCAGGCUGAUAUCGGGCCUUGGAUAUGGCAUAGCUUACACCGCCGCACCUAUGUAUUUGGGUGAAAUUGCAUCAAACGAAGUCCGAGGUGCAAUGGCCACCCUUAUCACUGUUAUGUCUAAGUUCGGAAUCCUGUCGCAGUAUUGCAUCGGUCCGUACGUGUCGAUGCUCGGCCUGGCUAGCUUCAAUAUAUCGAUACCGAUACUCUUCGUAGUAACGUUCAGCGCAAUGCCCGAAUCUCCAUAUUAUCACUUGAAAUCGGGGCAACAUAACUUAGCAGAAAUAUCUCUAAAGAAACUCCGAGGAAGAGGUUUCAUGAGAGAAGAACUAGAUUGUAUGUCACAUUUAGUUAAUGAAAAUAUGAAAGAGAAGAGCAGAUGGAAGGACUUAGUAACAGUGGGUGGUAAUAAGAAAGGACUUAUUAUAUUAUUAGGUAUAUAUUUCACACAACAGUUUUGUGGAAGCACAGCUAUAAUAGCGUAUGCUCAGCAAAUAUUCGGAGCUGCGGAAGGUGGGCUGGGAGCUAAAGAAUCUUGUAUAUUAUUCGGAACCGUACAGUUGUUAACUUCUGCGAUAUCUUCACAGCUAGUCGAUAGAUUAGGAAGGAAGCCACUGCUGUUAGUGUCAUCGUGCGGAGUCGGUAUAGCUAAUAUUAUUAUAGGAGCUUACUUUUUUAUGAAACACGAAAACAGUGAAUACGUUGUUAAUCUUAGCUAUAUACCUGUCAUUGUGAUACCUAUUUUUAUAUUUUCUUAUACUAUAGGAUUAGCUACAGUACCGUUCGCUAUAACUUCGGAAAUAUUUCCAACGAACAUCAAAUCGAAAGCCACUUGUGUGAUACAAAUAUUCGUAGCUUUAAUGACAUUCGCUGUCACCAAGUUGUAUCAGGUGAUUGCUGAUAAUUUAGGAAACUACGUGGCGUUUUGGUGUUUCGGUUUGUUAUCUGUGGGUGGUGUUAUAUUCAUACUGAUUCUUUUACCUGAAACAAAAGGGCAAUCGUUUGCAGCCAUCCAAGAAAAACUAUAUUCAAAUGAAAAAGUUGUUUACGAGAAGCAAGAUGAUCAUAUGAGUAGGGUCAAAAUUAAUGUAUGACAAUGUCGAAACUUAAUACGAGUCUUCCAAAUAGUAACAAAUUUAAAUAAAGGUGCAAUUUUCCGAUAGUAUCUUUUAUAUAUGUACUUACUAUCAUUAUUUAUUAUCCGUCCUCAGCGGUGGAACAUUCUGUGCCUUAAUGUUUUACAAUAGCAUGUCGUACAUUAAAUUUAAUACACAUAAUUAUGACAAAUCAAGACUUCCAUUUCAAUUCACGUACUUUUAAUACGUAUUAUUUGUUUGCAUAAAAAUU